AUAUAAACAAAUAAGAAAGUUUUGUUUUUCAAGAGCUCUGGUUAGAUCAUUGUAAUCCUUUGUUCAUUGGUCUUAUUAAUUAAAAGAUGGUCUAAGAACUAGCAAAAACUUGUACACAUUUUAUGGUAUCUGUUCAGAGCGCUCAGAACAUCACCUGAUAAUUAAGUGGCAUCACCUACUACUUUUUGUACAUUUACGCACUCUGCAAUCCUGUCAAACAUUAGAUGUAACAAUUGCUUAAAUAAAUUCCAUUCGCUUUUAUAACGUGAACAAAACAACACGAUUUCGGCUUUUUGUUCUAUUUCGCUUUUCAUCGCUAUUCGUUCGAGCGCAAAAAUUCUUGCGCGACGACAUACAUUUGUUGGUGACCCCGACGUGAUACCGCGUGCAGUUACAUUGCAUACUUUGUUGCUUCUUUCGCAGUACCGUGUACAGAUCACCAGAUCCUACAGUUAACUCAUCGCGGUUAAUAGUUUUGUUGUUCGUAAUUUUUCUCCUAUUUUGCCGUGCAAAAUAUACAGUGUACAAAUCACGAACUUCAACUGUUAAUUUAGUUGAACAGUUUCAUUUAACCGUAUUAAUAUAUAAACAGUUUGCCGUGCAAACAGUUACCUCGUAACAUUCGUUUAAAAAAAAAUGUCGUUUUUAAAAAGAAAAAGUGAAGCCAUUUUACGCAAGUUAAAUUCAACACCACUUGGCAUGGAAGAACUUAAUUCCAUGGAUCAUGCAGAGCUAUCAGUCAGAUCAGAACAGCUCGAUCGUAUUCAACAUCAAUUCGAAUUAACGCAGUCACAAUUGGAGGAAGAGGACCCUGAUGAGCUUGAAACUACCACUCGCGAUGAAUUCGCGGCAACUUUCAUCAGAGUUAAGGCAGCGUUUACGAGGGAGUUAAACAAGUUGGAUCCUCAAGUAAUGUCAUCUACGAGACAUCAACCUUUACAGGAGCAACCAUCGGUCAUUGUGAUGAAACAACCAAAGUCUCGUCUGCCGCAGUUGCAGCUACCGUCAUUUGGAGGAGCGUAUACAGAUUGGCCGAACUUUUUUGGCAUGUUUCAAACAAUAGUACACGAUGAUACAGAAUUGUCAAACUUGGAAAAAUUCCAGCAUCUUCGUUCAUGCCUAAAGGGAGCAGCACUGGAUACUAUCCAAUCACUUGAAAUGCGUGACGAAAACUACACAAUUGCUAUGAAAUUACUUAGUCAAAGAUUCAGUAAUCGACGUUUGAUUUUUCAGGCACACAUUCAAGAGCUAUUCGGAUUACAGAGGGUGAGCACUGACAAGAAAUCAGGAGAGUUGCGUUCGCUGGUGGACAAAUUAGUAUCGCAUGUUCGAGCCUUGCAUUCGUUGGGUACGUUCGAACAAAUAGCUGAUUGUUUGCUUCAGUAUAUCGCUGCACAGAAAUUGGAUCCCGAAACACACGCAUUAUGGGAAGAAAAGGUUCCAGUUGACGAGUUGCCCACGUGGACGGACAUGACUACGUUCUUGCAGAGGAGAUGUCAAACAUUAGAAAAUGUGACUCAUGCUAUGGUAACAAAAACACCUAGCACACAGGUGAGCAAUACAAAGUAUCGUAAAAAUGCAUUUGUUGUUUCUAAGACUUCCACCAAAAGUUGUUCGAUUUGUCAAAAACAUGACCAUAUUGUAUACACGUGCCCACUAUUCGCAAGUUUGAGUCCAAGUGACAGGUGGAAGGAAGCCAAAAGAGCACAUCUGUGCAUAAAUUGUCUCAAACCAGGACAUCAGGUGCAGCAAUGUAAAUCUUCUACAUGUCGUUGUUGCUCAAUGAAGCAUCAUACCCUGCUGCAUUUUACUCAAGUCCACCAAGCCGUAACUGGUAUUUUAGAAACCACACCUGGUCCAUCACAGCCAGCUGUCCUCGUCACAAGGACAUCAAAAAGUCGCUCACCUUCACCUCUGUCACGCUCUUGUUCAACUGAAUGUGUGCUUCUUGCAACUGCUAUUGUUUUCGUUCGCAACAGUGUCGGAUCGCUAAUACCAUGUCGUGCAAUCCUCGAUUCUGCUUCACAACUCAACUUUAUAACGACGAGAUUAGCAAAUCAAUUACAAAUUAAAAAAUCAAAAUCGUCUUUAGCAGUUUCUGGUAUCGGAGAUUCGGAAUUUAUUGUUAAUUCUAGCGUCAACAUUUCAAUUCACUCUGUACAUAACAGCUUCAGUGUCAAUUUAGAAUCUGCGGUAACUCCAACAAUCACCGAUUAUCAGCCAAACUAUCCACUCGAAGUCAGUGAUUGGGAUAUUCCAGCGAAUAUCAACUUAGCUGAUCCUGAGUUUCAGAAGCCCCAACGUGUGGAUCUUCUCAUAGGUGCAAGCAUAUUUUUUGAUUUGCUUUGCAUUGGUCAAAUUCGUUUGAAAAAUAAUUAUAUUCUACAAAAAACUCGUUUUGGAUGGAUCGUAUCGGGUGGCCAAAGCACAUCGCCAAAACUAUCAUCGCUUACAACAACCGUAACAACAUCGCUUGAGUGUGACGCAGGUCAUCCAUCUACCAAUGAACUGGUGCGUUCAUUUUGGGAAAUAGACAACAGCUUUGAGCCAAUUAGUAAGGCAACAAGAGAGGAACUCGAUUGUGAAGAUCACUUUAAGGCAAACUACAGUCGUUUGCUGACAGGCGAAUAUUCCGUUCGCUUACCUCUAAAGCCCAGUAUUAGCCUUCUUGGUGAUUCCUACGAGCAAGCGUUACGACGGUUUCUAACUCUUGAGAGGCGUCUCGAACGUAAUAAGGAAGUAAAAUUACAAUACAUAUCUUUUAUGAAGGAAUAUCUCGAACUUAAACACAUGUCUCCAGUAUCGAAGCCAAUACCAUCGCUACCCACAUAUUUUAUUCCACAUCAUUGCGUGUUCAAAAACGAUAGCACAACAACAAAACUUAGAGUCGUAUUCGACGGCUCAGCACAGACUACAACUGGUUAUUCAUUGAACAAUGCGCUGAUGGCAGGUCCAACCAUUCAGCCAAAGUUAGCCGACACUCUUCUUCGUUUUCGAGCAAAUCCGGUCGCCCUAACCGGAGACAUUUGCAAAAUGUAUCGGUGCAUUCGAGUCACCACACCUGAUAAUUACUUGCAAUGCAUACUUUGGAGGGACGAUCCAAAAGAUGACAUAAAAAUAUUUAAACUCGAUACGGUUACUUAUGGGACAAAGUCUGCACCAUUUUUGGCUAUUCGCACCAUGCAUCAACUUGCUGUCGAUGAAGCAGUUUUAUACCCCAUUGGUUCCAAAAUAAUUCAACGCGAUUUUUAUGUCGACGACUUAAUCACUGGUGCUCACACCGUUGAAGAAGUAAAAGAAAUAAUGAAACAAACCUCUGAUCUGUUAGGUAAAGGAAACUUUAAAAUUCGAAAAUGGUGUUCAAAUAAACCAGAAGUGCUUAGCAAUGUGCCGGAUACAGAUAAGGAGAAAUUAAUCAAAUUCGAUGAUGGAAGUGUUUUAACUAAGACGCUUGGACUUCAAUGGAAUCCCGAUGCUGAUAUUUUCAUAUUUUCGUUUACUUCUCGCCAAAACAAUACAAAAAUUACUAAGCGCUCAGUUUUGUCGGUUAUUGCUCAACUUUAUGAUCCAUUGGGAUUAAUUGGACCCGUAGUGUGCAAGGCAAAAAUAUUCCUUCAGCGACUGUGGGUGGAGAAGAUCGAUUGGGAUGAAAGUCUACCAAUGACUUAUCAAACAGCGUGGCUUCAACUUUACGAUGAAUUUAGUAGUAUAGGAAAUAUGACUUUUCCGCGAUAUGUUGGCUUUCCAAAUUCUAGCUUGGAGUUACAUGCAUUUUGUGAUGCCAGUCUGUUAGCUUACGGCAUCUGUAUCUACGUAGUAUCUCGUUUAGGUGGACAUGCAUAUUCCACAUUGCUCUGUUCGAAAUCAAGGGUUGCCCCAUUAAAAACGGUCACAGUUCCUAAACUAGAGUUAUGUGCAGCUGCGCUUCUGGCUCAAGUAAUUCAGUCUAUAUACAAUUUACGUAUAUUUAACUGUCGAUUCUUCUGCUGGUCGGAUUCUACAACGGUUUUGUCAUGGAUCAAGGAGGAGCCUUCACGUUUUAAUAUUUUUGUCGCCAAUCGCAUUACAAGUAUACAGCAUUUAACUAAUGGCAUGGAGUGGCGCAGCAGUGUACUUGACUGCACGAUGAGCAACGGCACUCAGAGCCCUGGCAGCAUGUUUUUAGAAACUGAUUUAUCCAGGGAAACGUCGACGAUUAGCGGAUCUAUGGAAGCGGAUCCAUUCAAGCGUGCACCAAGAUUGAUGCGUUCACCAAAACAGGCACUAGUUGUUGAAAAACCGGUAAGAGCGAGGUCGUCACCACCUGCGCUGCAAGACAGCACGCCUCAACUGGAACCAACGCAACCGAAGGGUGACACUAUGUCGGAACUAGGAGAAAUGAUCAAAAGGCUAACAGAAGCAAUGAAACAGCCUCAAAGAACGAUUAAUAACCAGAUCCGUGAUCUACUUCGCUCACAAGACUCCACGCACGCGCCCAAAGCGAGUACAACAGAGUCAAGGAAAGCAGACGGAAUGCGCCCCUAA